CUCCUUCCCCAAACUUCCCCUUCUUUCAUAUCCUUCACACACACUCGCAGGAAGGCUGUCUCUGUGACAAUGUCAGAUACAGCACUUCCAGAGCCUACGGCUCUCCCCAACCUGUCCGAUGCGCCCCCAUCCAGCUCCGGUCGCGAGUCGGCCCACUCGGGGGCGGUUGACCAAGCGGCCAUCCCCGACGAGCUCAAGGCCCGCCUGGACAAGGUCACACACUCUGAGAUCGGAAUCACCACCCUCCUCACUCGAUUGAAGCAGAGCGUGGCCUCCGCCAGGGAUUUCUCGUCCUUCCUGAAGAAGAGAGGAGCUCUAGAGGAGGAGCAUGCCCAGGGGCUUCGGAAGCUGGCCAAGGCCAUUAAUGACGCCGCGAACCGCAACGAGAACCGCCAGGGAACAUACAGCUCCAGCUAUAAGGAUAUCCACCGAAUCCAGGAGCGCAUGGCUGACCAUGGUCUGCAAUUCUCGGUUUCCCUUCAGCAAAUGGCGGAUGACCUGCACGAGCUCUCAACCAACAUCGAACGCGGUCGCAAGCAGUGGAAGCAGACUGGAUUGGCGGCGGAGAAGAAGGUCGCCGAUGCGGAGGCUCAGGCUGAGAAGGCCAAGGCCAAGUACGACUCGUUCGCUGAACAGUAUGACCGUGUCCGCACGGGUGACAAGGCGGGCGGGAAGUUUGGCCUGAAGGGUCACAAGUCGGCAGCUCAGCACGAGGAGGAUCUUCUGCGCAAGGUUCAGAAUGCGGACAGCGAUUAUCAGGCCAAGGUCCAGGCAGCGCAGGCUGCUCGUCAGGAAUUGGUGUCGACUCACCGACCUCAGGCCGUUCACAAUCUGCAUCUGUUGAUCUCGGAAUGCGAUUCUGGCUUGACACUGCAGCAGCAGAAGUUUGCUACUUUCAGCGAGAAGUUGCUGCUCGGCCAGGGUCUUUGUAUCAGUCCUCUGAAGGCUGGUGCUGAAACCGGACCGUUAGCGCCCAAGAGCCUCGCGGAGGUUGUGCGUCAGGUCGACAACCAAAAGGAUUUGCACGACUACAUCUUGAGCCAUGAAGGAAACCCAGGUGCUGUUACCUCGGAUCAGGUCCAAUAUGAGCGCCACCCAACUCUCGGCGGAGCAGCUGCUUCAUCGCAGCCAAGCACUGCGAACAAGCUACCGCCUACCAUUCCCGCUUCGUUCUCAACACCGAGCGUUUCUUCGCCCAGCCAACCGCCCCAGCCUACGGACCGCUACCAGCCCACCCCGUAUCCGGGAUCCGCAGACCCCAGUUCGGCAAAUCCGUCGGGUCAGCUACCCUAUCAGCCCUCUGCGCCGCCUUCCAAUGACCCCACGCCGGUUGCUGCGCCUAUGCCUGGCCCUCCUCCAAUGGAGAAGGGCUCCCUACCUCCCUUGAAACCAGUCUUCGGCGUGCCUUUGGAGGAACUGUAUGCUCGGGAUGGAACUGCAGUGCCAUUCCUCGUUUAUCAGUGCUUCCAAGCCGUUGAGCUGUUCGGUCUGGACAUGGAGGGUAUCUACCGACUCUCCGGCAGCGCCAAUCACAUUAGUCACAUGAAGGCCGUUUUUGACAAUGACUCGUCACAAGUCGACUUCACCAACCCCGAGAACUUCUACCACGAUGUCAAUAGUGUUGCCGGGCUGGUGAAGCAGUUCUUCAGGGAUCUGCCAGACCCCCUUUUUACCUUGCAGUACUAUACCCAGUUUAUCGACGCAGCCCGGAUUGAUGAUGAUAUUGCACGCCGCGACUCGCUACAUGCCCUCAUUAACAGCUUGCCCGAUGCCCACUACGCCACUCUCCGUGCCAUCAUUCUUCACCUCAACAAGAUCCAAGAACACUACACCGAGAACCGCAUGAACGCCGGCAACCUGGCCAUCUGCUUCGGACCAACCCUGAUGGGCGCCAACUCCGGAGGCAACAUCGCCGACGCAGGCUGGCAAGUGCGCGUGAUUGAGACGAUCCUCAAUAACACCUUCCAGAUUUUCGACGAUGACUAGAUCCUCGACGACUGAUCUCCC